UUUCAAGAUUUAAAUUGAAUUUAAAUAUAUUAAAUCUGGGAUGGAACCUUCCAAUUUCAAUGCCAAAGUAGGAAAUAGACUAUAUUCUAAAGGACUUCAGUUGAAUAAAGCUUUGAAUAAACUACCAACAGCAACUCAUGAAGAUGAAAUGAUGAUUCCAAGUUCAGUUGAGUCAAAUAAAAGUGGAGCAAACUAUCAUUUGACUAAAAAGAACCUUGCUAUUUCUCCCACUAAUCAAGAGUUAGUUGGAGGGAAUCUCACAUUAAGCAAAUUUGAGUCUCCAACAAAUACAGCUGAAUUCAGGAGCUCUAUAGCACACGAUAACAAUAACCUUGAUGAAAUUCAGUUGAAAAGUGAUGUCCUAAAGAAAGCUUAUCCUUACAAAUAUUCUGAUGAAAAAUUUGCAACACUGGGACCUUCUCCAGGGAUGAGAGAAUCCUCUAGAAGUGGAAUACUUCCUGACGAAGAGUUAGAGUCAACUGUUUUUGGGCAAAGCCCAAUACAUCAUGCUCAUCUCAAUGAUAAUUCCAAGUCAAGUGAUGAGCAUACUUAUUUCGGGAACAUUAAGUCAGGAGUUGAUGUUAUUGACUCAUUCUCAGGAACAGGUAUGAAGUUAAAUUAUGGCUCAAACUUCAAUACUAUCAGCAGUAGUGCUGAGAGCACUCCACACAAAGCCUUCAAGGCGAACUUGAUGUCAAAAAUGCAAAGUAAAGGGCAUAAACUUUUGACAGGGGAUAAUCUCAAAAGUCAGGAAUCAAUUCUAAGUUCCCAUGAAGGAGGUCUUAGUCGACCUCUUAAAUUCUCUAAUAUUCCUGAUGCCAGAAUAAAUAAUGAGAUGGAUAUGGAUAAAGCCAAUUUUAAUCCAAUGAGCACUCAUGAUCCAUAUGAUUUUUCAAAAUAUGGUACCAAUAAGGGCGGAGAUGAGAUUUUAAUAGACCAAAAUGUUGAACCUAUCGAAGAGCAAUCUUAUGAAGAAUCAAGAAUGGGAAAAUCAGGAAACAUUACACCCCACUCUACAGAUCAAAGAGGGAGUGAUCAAAUUUCCUCUGAAAACACAACUCCUUAUAACCGUACAUCGACUAGAGAAAAUGCCAGAAAAUCAAGCUAUAGUCCUUAUGCUCCUUUGGAGAAUUCUUCAAAUUCCUACGGAAUACCUUUUCCAAAAUAUGGAGGGAAAGAGAACGAUACUAAUAUGAACAAAUUUGACCACUCUUCAAAUGGGAAUCUAUUCGAUGAUAAGACAACUGAUUUGACUGGACUAAAAUCAUACAUGGAUACAAAAUCAAACCCUUUAUCGCACACAGUGAAGGACAACUCGACACCUGAUAUUUCUGGACAAGCAGAUGAUUCGUCAAUGCUAGCUUCCAAUUUAUAUAGCCGGUAUCAGUUGCAAAAUAUGCAUAGUAGCCAGUUAUCUUCCUCAAAUGCUGGUUAUUAUGAAGGAACAGGCAGUAAGCUGAUCCCAUCUUCUCCUACUAUUGAAGAAAGAGGGCCUGAGAGUGAAGAAGCAAGUAAUGACUCUCAGUUGAAAAUAGAGCAGUUAAAUACCUCACCUCCCAAGGAUUAUGAUAGCAAGAAUUUGAACCUUGAUUAUAUGAGUCAGCCAAAGACAGGAACUAUCGGGGAGACUACAGAGAGGUACCCUGCUUCUAGUUCCCUAAAUUUUGUAUCAAAUCUUGAAAGCACCUCAAACUACCUUGACUCUGUUAGACACAAGAGAUACACUGCUGAUGAUGCUGAAGACGAUUAUAGAUCCCAUUUUAAAAAAUUUGCCGAGAAAAGAGCUGCGAGACAAAUAGAGCAAGAUGAAAUAAAGCCUAGUAGUAUUUUCAAGACCCGUUCCUUCUACAGAGACCAGGGGAGAAUGAACUACAUGAACAAGCGUGUGGAUGAUGAUUAUGAAAUGCUCAAGAAGCUUAAAAUAGCAUCAGUAGUUACUCGACAGCAAGAAGCAGCAGCUGUGAGAAUCAUAGAAUCUGAGUCUAAAUAA